GUGAUAGUUGAGCUCGGAUGAAGUAAUGGGUACUCUGUAGCUACAGCCUACAGCCUACAACCCACUGUAUUAUGACUGAGUAUGAGUACCCAUAUGGGUAGGUAUGUGGACGGAUGAUGGGUAGUGGUGUUUGGUUGGUGGCUGGCUGUUGCAGAAAUGUGAUGUGCGAUUCGUUUCGAUGCAGAUUCUCGCAAGGUAAAUAUAUCAGUCGUCUUCCCCCUCUCGUUCGUUAUAUUCCUCUCACUCGACUUGAUCGGUGGUCGUUCUUGCCUUUUCCAGACAGAUUGAGGCAGUACAACAGCCCAAGACCAUACCCGUACCUAACUAACACCUGCUAAGAACCCCGCUGGCGAUCCCUCUCCACUGAUCUUCCGCUAAGGACGGGCCCAGGCAUACGCCCACUAGUACGGCUAGAACUCUCCUUCAUCGCAGUCGCAAUCGCAUCUAGUGGCAUCGCAUUUGCCAGUUUUCCACUACACAAACAAGCCUUUACACAUUCAACCUUGAAUUUGGCAGAACUAGCAAUACUACCUCCCAGCCUAUCGCGGACCUGCUAAGCUCAGCCUACUAUACCGUACUCCGUACUCGAUACAUCCAGUGAAAUUGAUACCUACCGCUACCGCUACCUGCUGUACUUCGACUACUGCUACUGCAUCGUAGAUAAUACCUAUACGGAUCUAUCAUCUGCCCAGUGCUUUGGACCAGCCACCUGGAUAGUUGUACAAAGCUCUCCACAACCCUUUCUAUUGCAUGCCCAUCUCGCAUGCCCAUCCUCUUUGUUACAUUCAAAACACCGCACUGCCCAGCACCGCUACGCUACGCAUUGCAGUCAAGCUCACCUAUCUCUCCUCCUCUCUCCUCCUCCUCCCCUUUCGCACUAUUUCUGAACCUUGGAAUCCUUCCCUCUAAACCUUCACCACGAUCAGCCAGAUUAUUCCCCAAUACCUCAGGAAAGGUCCGUGGAUCUCACCCUGUUACAGAGCCAGUGUAACCAGGCACAACUAGUACAACCAGUACAACGCGAUCUCGAGUUCUGGUAGCCGGAAGUCCAUCCCCGUUCCUAAACAUGCAUGGAGAAGGUGAUAUGAUUGAGGCAGAAAGUGCCAAUGUAUGUACCGCAGCACCCUACCAACUUCCAUCGCGAACUGAACGUUGAUGUGCGACUGACGGUUGCAGGGUUUCGAUGACGAUAGCGCCUAUGCCGGUUCAUCGUAUGCAUCCCGAAAUAACUCCCUCGAAUACGUGUGCCUAGGAAGAUGGAAUGUGUUGAUAACAGGACUUUUAGGUCCGGCAGUUUGACCGAAACUCUUGCGUCGCGGAUUGCAAGAGGUGUUGAGGAACAUGGAAGGACCUAUGCUGCAUAUGGGAAUGAGGGCAAGUUCGAGUCUUUUUAUAGGUUGGCAUGUGGAAGUCCAGAACUGACGUGGGAGUGGAUAGAAUACGGUUUACCAAUUGACGAAGAGGAGUUGGAUCGAAUUGAUAUGUCCCAUGCCAAAUAUGUCAUGUUGUUGGAAAAGAAGUAUUUCCUAGCACCAAUUCCCGCAGAGCCUCAAAGUAUUCUGGAUUUGGGGACGGGAACUGGCAUAUGGGCAAUAAAUGUAAGCAUAAACCUUGGGUUUCAUAAUAAUCCAGGCUAACAAGACAUCUUGCAUAGGUAGCGGACGUAUAUCCUUCUGCAGAGGUAAUUGAAAAGUUUCCACACUCUAUCUAAUCCGCUAACAAAGCAAAUUCCAGGUUUUGGGCUUGGAUAUUGCACCCACGCAGCCUCAAUGGUAAACUCUAUCCUACUUGCAAUCCACAAUCCCGCUAACAAUCCAUUAGGGUACCCCCAAAUUGUCGAUUCGAGAUAGAUGAUAUUGAGAUGCCUUGGACUUUGGAAGAAAAUAGUUAUGAUCUAAUCCAUGCUCGAGAUCUCCUUCUUUCAGUUCGAGAUUUCCCGAAACUGAUAAAGCAAUCUUACGAGUAUGAGUCAAUAUCUUCACGAUCAAUACGAAACGCUAACAAGCCAAUCUUAUAGUCAUAUAAAACCAGGCGGGUACCUGGAGUUACAAUCUGUCCUACCACGAUUAUUAUGUGACGACGGUACCACCCCAUACGAUAGUGGCCUAAUGACCUUUUCACGGAACGCUCUCGACGCGUCUAGAAUGUAAGUCCUCACCCCACGAUCCCAACUAUCUAUCGGCACCAUUUACUGAACCUAAAAAGAAUGGGAGCACCCCUAGAUGCCUGCGACAGUUACGCAUCCCAGAUGGCGGACGCGGGAUUCGAAGAUAUCGUCGAGAAACGCAUCAAGAUGCCCAGUUCACCAUGGCCCAAAGACAAACGACUGAAACUCAUCGGUGCCUUUGAAAACCAUAAUUUGCUGAGUGGGAUUAGUGGGAUGAGUCUUCGCAUGUUUAAUAAAGCUUAUGGGUGGUCCCAGGCUGAGAUUGAGAUGUUUUUGGUGCCGGUCCGGAAGGAUACUGCGGAUUUGAGAUGUAACCCCCCCCUCUUUUUUUCCCUCCCCUCUUCCCUCGCUCUUUCUGAAGUCUAUUUUUGGUGGAGAUUAAUUGCUAAUGUGGGUUCUUUUGAUACUUUUAGAUCAUAGUUAUUUCGAGUUGUAA